AUGGAGGAAGAGAACUCAAAAAUCACAAUGACAGUUGAUAUAGGUGACGGGGAAACUGGAAUAAUCAGUAUUAGUGCCAGCGAUAGCCCUGAAGAGCUUGCAAAGGCUUUCGCAUUUAAGCACGGCUUAGAAAAAGAAUUAGAAAAAUCACUAGCAAGAUUAAUUAAACAAAACAAAGAUAUAAUGAUGGGCACCUCAUCCUCGAAAAGCUCAAUUUCAGAAGAAGCCAAGCAAAGCUUCGUCCAAAUAACCGAGCAUCACGCUGAAGAAGAGGAAAGUUCUUCACCUACAAUUACUCAAAAACAGACAGUUUUCAAUAGGGAAAAAGCUGAAGAAGAAGUCUUCAAACGUCUUUACUCUGAAAGAAAGCCAAUCUCCAGAUCCUCUAAUGUUAAAAACAGUCCACGCACAUUAUCAUACGCGAGUGCUCCACCCGUGAAUCAUUGCAUAGCCUUAUAUGAGCAAGGAAAAAUCCAAAAGCAGGUCAGUUGAAGGAAAAGCUUAGCCAAAAAAAUGCAAUCACAAGAAAAAGCUGACAAAGAAUUGACUUUUAAGCCCGUGAUCAAUGAAAGCUCAAACUUAGUUUCUCCUAGAGUUUUACAUAAAACUGAAGAUAUAUUGAUCAAAAGUAUAGUCCAGAAAAGAGAAAAUAUUUGUGACUUAGCUAAUCAUAAGGUGCAAGAAAUGAUGAGAGAAUGCACGUUUUCACCAAGCAUCGACCCUUUGAGCUCUUUAAUUGACCAGUAUAAGAAUCAGCCUAGCCCAAGAUUUGAACGACUAUUUGAUAAUGCAAAGGUGAAGGAAGAUAAGCUACUAAAAUUGUUAGAAAACGCGGAUGCAUUUCCUUUUAAACCGACACUAGUUGCCAAGCAGCAGAAUUUAGAUGAUAAAACUAGGGAAGCGUGCAUACAAAGACUGCUUUAUUCUAAAGAAAGGUUCAAUCGGCUAAUGGACGAAGCAAGAAGGAAAAAAGAAAGCUUGGUGGAUGAAAAAACGGGCCAACCACUGUUUAGACCUAUAACUGGCAGAAGCCCAGAGUCUCCAAGGCCAAAACAAGUUUGGGAACACUUAUAUAUUUUAGGCAGAGAGUCAGCUAAUUUAAGCACAAAAGAGCCUGAACAUUGAAGAAGCUUAACAGAAGUCCCAAAAACAACAGAAAUAACAGACAAAAUUUACCAAGACUUUAACUCCCCCCCCCCUCCGUGAGCGAACAAAAAAAUUUUGUUCGCUCACGGAGGGGGGUUAAUUUUUUUUUUUAAAAAAAAAUUUAUAUAUAAAUUUUAUAAAAAAUAUUUUUUUCGAAAUUUAAAAAAAUCCUAAUUUGCAAAAAUUGGGAAGCAAAUAUUAAUUUAAUUUGCAAAAUUUAUGUUUUAAAACGCAAUUUGUUUAAAAUUAAACAGAAUUAGCUCUAGAUUUCAUUAUACUAAUUAUCACUUAUAUAUCAAAAUUUUUUUCCAUUAAAAUUUUUUCUAUUAAAAAAAAUUUUUGUUCACUCACGGAGGGUGGGUUUUUUGGUCAAAAAAUGGCGAUUUUUCUAAUGGUUUUGUUCGCUCACGGAGGGGGGGGGGGAGUAAGUUAAAACGAUAUAUGAAGAUUUUUUCACGAUUAGAUGCUGAUGAGGAUGGAGUUAUUUCUAUUGAAAAUGCUGAUUGAGCUGCUCUUGAUGAAAAAACUGCAGAAGUUGCAAGACUUGCUAUGAUAAAAGCAGGGGUCAGCAAUGUUAAAUUCAGCAUAUUUUUUGAAAAAAUCGAUCCUAUAGUCAUGAGACUCGGAGUUGAAGAAAGGGCAUGAAUUCUGAAAAGGGACGAAAUGGCCCAUGAACUUACUAAUCAUUGGAGGGAAAGCAGAAGCCAGAUUCAGUCAAUCAGUAGGCUGGAUUUAAGGAGUAGUGUCUCUAUUGCUAAAUAA